GAUGCUGGAUGGAAUCACUGUUACAGUCAUGGUCUGGAGACUGACUGUUUUAGCUCUUGCAUGUUCACUGGUGCUUGCAGACGCCGUUGGACUGCAUGGAAAGCGUGAUCCAAGAACACUGACUUUCUCCAGGUCAACUUCAGUAGGACAGGACGGAAGUGUCCGUAUACAGCGGGGGACACGGUCACUGAAGUCCAGCUUCGUAGAAUGUACAACUCCUGUGACUCCCAGAGAGCACGCAGCCCUGGAGAGCAACACAUUCGAGACAGUUUUUCAUGGAGAUGAUGGCUCUAGUUUUAUUUUAACAUGGGUAGGCAAUGGAACUGGGGUUAUCCUGGUUUUAUCCACAGUCAGUUCUCCACUGGAAUCCUUUUAUGAACAUGGAUCCAUUCGACUGUACAGGAGUGAAGAUUAUGGAAAAUCCUUUCAUGACAUCUCAUAUACCAUUGGCAAUUCGUUCAUAAGAAAGGAAUUUGGGAUAACUGUAGGCCCAGGGAAUUCACAGAAGUUGAUUUUGACGGCCGAGCUGCCCAUUGCCAACCUUCCAGGAGGACUUAUAUUUACUUCCACAGACUCGGGAAAGACAUUCAGAUCAGUACAGUUACCAUUCCACCCAUCUCAGCCCAUUUCCUUCCAUCACCAAAACUCAGAGUACCUGCUGGUCAUCUGCACACAGGGCUCUCUAUGGCUCUCACAGAACUUUGGGACGAGCUGGUCUAAAAUCCAUGAUGGAGUUUACUCUUAUACAUGGGGAUCCAGCUUCAGUCUUUUUUUCAGCUAUAGGCCUAAAGUCACAGAUGUAGUAGAGGCAGACAGGCGAGGUGACCUUUUUUUGAGACGCACAGAAGACUUAGGGCGAACCUUCACAACCAUUGCUGAGAAUAUCUUCUCCUUUGGCUACAUUGGAGGAUUCCUAUUCACCUCUGAAAUGGAGAAUCCGGGUUCUUCUCGGGCUAUUUAUGUUUCUUUGGACCAUGGUGAUCAAUUUACCAAAGCCUUGCUCCCAUCAGUCACUUCAGAGCAGUUCUACUCAGUUUUGGAUGGCGAUGAAGAUAUGAUCUUUAUGCAUGUGGAUAGUCCUGGAGAUGAGACAUAUUUUGGGACAGUGUAUACGUCUGAUGACCGUGGCAUCCUGUACACCAAGUCUCUUGAACGGCAUCUGUUUGGUAGUGAAAGGAAGAGUGACUUUACAAAUGUGACAUCAUUGCGAGGAGUAUAUCUAACCAAUGUCUUUGAGGAGGAUGGACGAAUUUGCACAGUCAUCACAUUCAAUAACGGUGGAAAGUGGUGGCCAAUAAAAAAGCCAAAAAAUGUGGAGUGUGAAGAAAGCAUUAAACGGUGUAACUUGCACAUUCAUGGAGAGCACAGCCACUACAGCGGCAUUUCUCCCAUGCUGCCUCUGUCUCAUCCUUCUGCUGUUGGCUUGAUCAUAGCUCAUGGCAGCGUCGGGGAAUCCAUUUCAGCAUCUCCGCCAGAUGUGUAUCUUUCCUCGGAUGGAGGGUAUAACUGGAUAUGCGCACUGAGAGGGCCUCACCAUUACAGCAUACUGGAUUCAGGAGGACUGAUAGUGGCUGUGGAGGUUCGCAAAGAUCGACAGACCACUGCUAUAAAAUUCUCCACAGAUGAAGGUCAGUGCUGGAAGACUUAUAAUUUCACAGAGCAUCCCAUGUACUUUGCUGGCCUUACAUCUGAGCCUGGUACUAAGACUCUGAAAAUCAGUGUGUUUGGUUAUCGGCCUGAUGAUGAUGAUCAGCCUCUGUGGGUUGCAGUGACUAUAGACUUUGUGCAGCUUCUAACCAGAGAAUGUAAUGAGCAGGACUACAUACAAUGGUUGGCCCAUUCUGAUGACGAACAACAAGAUUCAGGGACAAAUGGAUGUGUCUUAGGCUACAAGGAAACUUUUCAAAGACUGAAAAAGAUGUCCGUCUGCCAAAAGGGGCAUAACUAUGUGGUCAGUAAGCAACAGAAACCAUGUCCCUGCUCCAGAGAAGAUUACAUGUGCGAUUAUGGUUAUUAUCUCCAUGAAAACUCUGAAUGUGUGAAACAGCCUGAGUUCAGAAACAAAACACUGGAACUCUGUUUUAAUGGGGAGUUAGAAGAGCUCCAGACCACAGGGUAUCGAAAGAUCCCCAGUGAUAAAUGUGAGGGUGGCUUUAGCCCCCCACGCCAAAUUGAUGCUGCCAACAUGAAAUGUGGGAAUAACAGCCAGCCUUCCCUUAUAAGCCAUCAGCCUAAUAGACUAAAGGCGGUGUGGUUGAUGAUUGUGAUAAGUGUCAGUGUUGCGACUGUCAUGGCUAUCAUUACUGCAGUUACAAUGACUGUCCUGCGGAUAAAUUACAGGCAAAGGUCCAUUUCAUACCAAUUCUCAGCUCUUCAGCUGCAUGAGGAUGAAAUGUGUGUUGCCUCUGAGAGGACGUCAAACAGUAACCAAGCCAUCUACCAAGAAUUUUCAGAUGAUGCAAGUCAGAUUGCAUUCCUUGUUUCAUCUGAACCCAGUAAGCAGUAUUGUAGUCUUACUAAGGACUGACAAAUCAAAACUGCAUGCAAUGGUUUAAAAUUAAUUUAAAAAACAAUAUUACCAUAAACUUUGGUCUGAAUUUCCAGUUAGAUCUAGAUCUGCGUUUUUCAACUCCACUGCUUAAUGCAUGUUUCUCUGUACAGUUUCAAGUUCUCCUUAUGGCAAAUACCCUUAAUCCUAAUCAUGGAAGACUAAGUAGUUGUUCAUAAGGUGGCUCGUGUGUUAUGAGCAAACAAAACUUGUAUCUGUUCACCAUAUCAGGGUGCAGCCAGUUUGUAGCCUUUUCCAAAUUCUGAUUGGAUAAAUUCAAAUUCAGCUUUUUUUUUCAAACACUAAUAACAAUAGGCAAUGUUGUUUUACAAUAAUCUAGAUGUAGAUUUAGAUCUCUAAUGUUGCCAAUGGUGAGAGUGGAAAGAAAAAAACUUAAACACGAGCGAGAGUGGAAUUUGGAAGGUGGUGGAAAAUUAAUUGGUUCAGUAAGAAAACAUGGUUGAUUGUUAUAGAUUUAAAUCACUUUAAAAUACUUGUGAGAAUGUAUAGUCAUCAAAAUAAUAUUCUGAGGUAGAUGUGAAUUGACUUCAAUUUUUGUCAAUUGCUAUUAAUAUUAAAAACACUGGAAAUUCUGUAAAGAAAUUGUACAGAUAAAUAAUGUGUGCAUUUCAGGUUGUUUUCUACAGCAUGAGUACCAUUGAUCUUGAUUAACAUGCAAAUCUGGAAUGCUGUGCAACUUCAUUUUGCAAAAUCUUCUUGUUAUGCAUUCUGUAUCACAAUGUGUCUAUGAAGAUUCUGUCACCCAGGUUUGGUUAUCUAGAAGAACGAAAAGAAUCUAGAACAGAUAUUCAGUAUCACACUUGGACAACUUUGGAUUAGAUUACAUAACUUACAUAUACAGUACAUUCAUCUCCAGAAGUAUUGGAAUGGAAUCCAUUUUUUUUUUUGCAAAUUUUGAUGUACUACUUUAAACAAGGUAUAUUUAACCAAACAUUUAGUGCAAGUUGCCUAAAUUUCAAGGCUGUGCCAUCUCACUGGUUGUAUCAUAUUGAUCUUUUGAACACAAACCUAAAUAUAUUCAGACUAUAUAAAAAACAAAUUAAUUGGUACUAAGUGUACAUAAUACUAAGUAAAAUAAUACAAAGUGUGCUCAAAAGAUGUACAAUAUAAUGUAUAUUAUGAUUAGUCAUAUCAUGAUUAUAGCAGCAAUACAAAUUUACAUUUGUAAUACUUAAGCAAGGUUGAGUGUUUGGGAUCCAAAUCGGAACAAAACAAAAAAGCAUAUGGACAAGUCCGGCAAAGUGGAUGGGCACCAGCAUCAAUUUAAAAGGCUGUGCAUUUUAAUCAAAAUGCAAGAGGGGACUCCAGCAGGUCUGACAGCAUAACCCAACAGUCAUGUUAACACUGUCAAGCUGAGUUAUCAUGUUGGAGAGCAUCAAAACAUCUAAUUUCAACUCUCAUGAAUGGGUUAGAUCUGAACCUUAGAUUUCUACAAGAAAGAAAAUCUGUUUAAUAAAACGCUUGACCAAAUAGACUUUAAGAUUGAGACUCUGUAUAAGUUUCAAAACAUAAUUGGAUAGUUAUUCCAUAGGUGUGCGGCUCUAUACAGACCCCUGCUGUAGUUUACGACUUUGACCAGUGCUGACUCAGAACUGUAUGAGACUUAAACCCUGAGUUCAUAUGCAAGUAAAAGUCUAGCUGCUACAUUGUAGAUAUAAAUAGGCUUGAUAUUAGCUCAAAUUGGUUUAACAGCUAACAAGGACUAAUGUCAUUUUUUAAGCUUUAUUUUUAAAGCUAUCAUAUCUAAAACACAAUUUUAUGAGGAAAUUGUGGUCUUUGAGGACAAUAACUCCAAACAAUCCACAACUGUCGGACUGUAUAUUUAUAGUCACACCCUCCAGUGUCACCCAAAUGAGGAUGAGGUUCCCUGUUCUGUAAAUUUGGUUUUAGAAAAUGUCCUUUGUUAAGUGCUAUACAAAUACAUUUGAAUUGAAUGUACUUGGAUUGAUAUCUGUGAAACUAUCAUAUCUGCUGGAGCUACAGUGCAGGUUAGCCCAUGCUUAAGUCCAUAAGUGUGUAUGUUUUUGAAAGCAUUAUUUUUUUUUAACACACGAACAGUGACCUCAUCAUAAAUAUACCUGUCACCACAGAUACAUUCUUAUAGAAUAUACCUAAACAAACAUGAAGCCCAUGGAGCUAUAAACUUUGCAGGAAAAAACGUGAUUCAGGUUUUUUCACAAAAUGAAAUACCAAACACAAUUAAUUGUAAUUUAAAUUUUAUUUAAACCCAUUAUUAAAAAUGGAAAAAAUAUGUUAAAUAUGCUACUCUCCUGUCAGUCCUACCUAAUUCGUGUAAAUCUACAAUUUCCCCAUCAUAAUGCCUAUUAGUCUCUACUUGUGGUAAACAUUUUGGACUUUUCUGUAAAACUAUUCAUUUAAGAUUGACAAAAAACGUUGUUCAUGCCAAAAAUGUUGCAAAUAUCACUUUUGUUUGUCAUCAGUGUCUAAUAAAAAUACCUUUCUGAUCCAAA